CCCACAGUAUCUCAACAAUCCUACUUUCAAGACCAUCCAUGGUGUCGCCUAAUCUUCCUCGGACAUUGCAAUGUGGGGGCAGACGGCGGUGUCCACAUGGUCAAUCGAUCAAUAAGCCAGGUGUUGGAGCAGCGCAGGGACGAAAAAGACUAUAUUCCAGUGCAAAUGGAAAUAGGUGAACUUGGAAUCACAGUGUGGGCUCAUAAUCCGACGAAUGGCGAUGUCGAUAAAUGUAGUGAUCCGCUUCUCCGACAUUCCUUUCCUCAAAUCGUUUCCUGUGGUCGUCGGACUGACGGGACAAAUUAUUUGGCCUAUAUUGUCGGACAAGAGAUGUGUAACGUAGCCAAGGAAUUCAACUGCUACGUCUUCCAAGCGGCUAGUCGAGCCGAUUCCAAAUUCCUCAUCAAUGCGAUUGCUCAGGGCUUUGAUCGCACACACUGGACGCUGUGAUGGUAGACGGGGAAGAGGUCAAUGUCGAAAACCCCAUUGUGGAACACGAACAUUUCAAAUCAGUCCGAAUUCCCGAUUCAUUUCUGUAAACCUGUUACGCUGCCACAUUGGACAUCCUUCAGUUAAUGUUUACCGCCUCUCGAGAACUCCCGCACACAUACGCACACGCACAGCUACUCCAUUUAUUAGAUGGUUGCACUUAUCUUUCACAUUUGUUACAAGCUAAUUUCCUUUUUUCCAUGAUCUCCAUUAGAUGGAUUAUAUGUACACCCCCAUGCAUUAAGC